AUAACAAUGAGGCGCGCAAUUUCCACUGUUUUGCUUUCCUUUUGCGACCGGGCUGCGAACGUAAAUAUGAUUCAUUAAACUACAUUAAAAACAGUUUUAGUAUUGUGUAUCUAUAGCUAGGUUGUGUUGUGAGUGGUGUACAAAAUAACCGGGUUGAUGUGAAGAAUUGAGUGAAAGCGCAAUGGCAUCGGAUUUAAGUACCUGUCUGCGGCAAUUGAAAACAUGCCUCGACACGCAACAGAUUCCUCAAGCUCGCAGCGUCAUCGACCGCAUCACACAGCUGAUCAUAGACAAAGCCGACGAAAGCCCUACGGAAACCGACUUUAAACUGGAAUGUUUACUGACCUCUCCGAACGGAUUGGUAGCAUUUUUGGAAAAGUCCUUCAGCAACGCGAAACACUUUGCGAAGGUAAUCGAAGAUGCGUUCGAGCUGUUGCGGAAAACCAUCGAGAAACACUCGCCGUUGCUGGGCAAACGGAUGCCGACCAUUGUACCGAUCGUGGUCCGUUGCAUUCAAUCGUCCUCUGUUCCGGCUCGGCCACGAGAAUUGGCAGCGCUCGUGCUUCAGGACAGUAUUGCGUACGGAUGUUUGCGAAGCGAUAGCUACGAGAAGCUUGGCCAGCUGUCGGGUGAGCUAUUCUCGGUGUUUCAACAGGGCAAGCUACCUAAUCGGUUGCAACAGAAUCUGUACGAGCUGAUGGGUCAGCUAGCGAAACACUUCCCGGAGAGUGUGACCGCACCUGACCGAAUGCGCGACAUCUUUAUGAGCGCGGCGGAAAGGCAACUGCUGGAGGAAAACUAUCCUUCGCUGGUCUCCCUGGCAGGGGCUAUUCGAGGGCUGGACUUGUUUCUAGCCCACUUUGCACCUUCCGAGAGUGAUCGGGAGCUACGCCAGCGGUUGUAUCUGAUGAUAAAGAAACUGUCGAUCUGGGACGAGGGACGGUCGGAGCGGGUCGUUUUCCGGAAUGCGCUACAGUUGCUGGCCAACCAUGCAGCCUUAUUUACGCUACACCUUUACCUGGACCAUGUGCACUGGCAGACGAUGCUUGCUGGCAAAUGGAUUAAAUCAACCAACCAGGAUGACAGACAGAUUGGUUUGAACGCGCUGUACGCUUUUCAUGGAGAAAUCGCACGCGUACUGUCGAACCCAGCGCUAACGAGUGCAGCGAGCGAGCGGGAAUGUCCGCCGACGGUGGAUGUGCUCAACCAGUACGUUGGCUACUAUCGGAAGCUGCUUAAUUCACCCAAUGCAGAUCACUGGGAGGUACGGAUUGCCAUCCGCGGGUUCGGAAUAAUGGCUGGCCCUUGUCAACGGGUCGCCGGUGCCAGUGUGUCCCUGAACGACCUGCUCACAAUCGUACUGCAGCGUAUCGAGGGCAUAUGCGAACGGACAGCUUCGUCCACCGGCGAUAUGCUUGCCCUUUUGCCCGACUUCAUACAGGCCCUGUCGGAGAUUCUUACCCAUGCCAAGCAGCUAACCACGGUACAGCUCGUCUCGGUGCAAACCAUGACCGUUGCUUUGGUGCGCGACUUUUACCAUCUGCCUACGGUGCACCACGAGCUCAUCGUACGAUCGCUUGUGUGCAUGCUGGAAAACAUUGGCAAGCUGGGCGGAAGUACACGCGACCAGCUACUGGAUGCGAUUCUGCUGCAAGGAAUUGUUUGGAGUUGUACGCACGCCUUGCCCUUUGGCUCAUCGCCUCCCGUACCCACCCCAGACGAUGACCCGGAAAGCAAAACCGACUGGAAACGGGAUCUGGUAACGUACAAAAAUUAUCUUCCCCUGUGGCAGGGCCUGUUGAACAAGGCACGCGGCGCAUCAGAUUCCUCCUUGCUACGGGCCAUCUAUCGAGCCUUCCAGAACACACUGUUUGUGAUGGUGGAAAAGCUUGAUCUAUCUACCCGCAAACGAACCUUCCAGGACGACGACGGCCAACAGCGGGAACUGUUCUUCUGCGAUCCCAACAUCGACCUCAUACCGAUCAAACCGAAGGAUUACCAUAUCUUUCUCAACCUGGUCGAACUGAGCCGGGAUGUUUUGCAUGGUCCGCAAACGCCAGCCACCGUGCGGGAACUGUUCACCGAUUGGAUUCGUCCGUAUUUCGAGCGAUUUGUCAAGCAAUCGCUCGAACGUCCGCUGGUCAGUGGGUUUGUAAAGCUGAUCGAGAUGGGACUCGGAACGGCCGAAGCGAUUGGCUACUUUCAUCAGCGAGAAGAUCUCGCCCCAGAAGACCCGGACGUCCGUUCGAUCCAGAUGGUGCUGGUGUACUAUCUGGAGCAAACGAUACAGCGAGCGUUGCACGCUAUGGGAGAGCUACAGCUGGCGUGUCUUCGCUUUGUGCUGAAAGCUCCCGUUCGUUUGCUGCUCGACUUUGUGCAAGAUGAAGAUCGACAGCAGCCACUAAUGGUGGAAGUAUUCCGGACGGCUUUCCACAUCGGUCGAGGAUUGCUUUCGAUGGCGCGGGAUGCGCUCUACUCGCUGCAGCGCAUUGUCCGCUUCCGGCAUCCACCGUUGAAGGGAACGCAGCGAGAGCAGCUGCUCCGGCAAGUUCUACCAAUGCUGGAGUCAUUCCUGCGCACCCGUGACUCCACCCAACCACCGGCCCAAAGUUUGCGUUUGGCCAAGUUUAAGCGUCACCGAACGGCUAACGUGGCGGCUGGAAAAAUCGAACGCAUUAAGCAGCAGCACCGCAUCGAACGGACGGCCGAUACGAGCGAGCUCGUAACGUUUCAGAUGCGAAUUUUAAAAUUUUUGUCCCAUUUGCAACCGAACGAAUGCUGCUGGCUGGUGGUGGACGAGCUGGAGCAAACGACCGGUCCUCCGGCAGCUGCUGGACCGGGCGAGUUUGCCAGGAGCUCGUUGACGCGCUGGGAUGCGGAUAGUGGACGAUCGCUCGAGUUGCGGCUGCUCUGCGAAAGUGGAACGCGUCCGUGCAUCAAGCUGGACGGAAUGGUCGGUCGUGUGUGUCAGCUAGCGAUGGAGUGUAGCGACCGUGCGACAAAGCUGGCCGCCUGUGAACUUCUGCACACUAUCGUGCUGUAUCUGUUGGGCAUCGGAUAUCAGGAUCAGCUGGCCGGGUUAUGGGCUCAACUAUGUCACCAUUUGCUGCACCUGAGCUGCGACACAGAUCUGGCAGUGUGUCAGAUGUUCGAACCGUUGCUCUUUCAAAUCAUCCACUUCGUCACGCAACCUUCCAGGCUGAGCCAGCAGGGAACCAUCGCCCUGCUCGACUGUUUGAUGGAUGCCACCUCCAACGUGCAGAACAGUGCUGUCCGCGAUCUUUCCAUCCGCUGUUUGCGCGAGUUUCUCCAGUGGACGAACCGGCAAUGUGGCGGCGCCCAAUCGAAUAACGAUCGGCGCAGGAUCAAAAACACACUGCUGGAGCAGCUGAAAACGCACGCACUAGAAUCGAACGCUUCGCAUCGGUACGGGUCUGCGUUGGCUUUUAACAAUCUGUUCCGAUUGCUGCUGCAGGAAGAUUUGCAAAUCGUGCGCUACACCUUCGAGCUGAUGCAUUCCUACUCGAUCGGGCUGAUCGUGACGGAGGAGCAGAGUGGAUGGGCGUCCGACGGUAAUGGUGCUAUCGCGGAACAGUUCCUACUCGCGCUGGACCAUCUCGCGAAACUGCUUGAGAUGCGAAAGGCUUUGUUCGAUGGCCACCGGAGCGAAGUGAACCGGUCCGAACAGCUGCAGCUCGUACCGCCCGACAUUGGUGGCAGGGAGUUGAAACAUUUGGUGUGCUGGUUGUUUCGCCAGUGUGCCACCCGCCAGCGACUCCAUCGGCACAAGUGUAUGCAGCUAUUCCCCCGACUCGCCAAAGCGGUUCAAGGUGUGGCGGGUGGAGAACAGUUCCUGGAGCAACAUUUCACCAGCGAGCAGAUCAAAUCCAUCUGCCUUCAGGCUGAUUCUGCGCAAGGUAUCGAGCGGGCACCAACAUUGCUCAGUUUGUGGGACGGGCCUACGGAUCCGUCUGUGGUAAGCAUCUACCUUUGGCUGGAGUAUCUGCUAGCGACGAUUGACAUGUACUGCUGGCUGGAGCGAGAAAAGCUGAUCGGGGAAGACCUAGCACACGUGCUGCUGUGUCGCAUUCUACCCGCCGUGCACUGUUUCCUGCGAUCGGUGGUUGACUGUUCGGUGCACGAAAUAAUGGCCACAAUUAAUAGGACGCGCGAGAUUCACAUGAGCAGCUACGAGCUUCGCAUGAACGCGGACAAGAUUGUACGGUUCGAUGCACUGAAAUCGGCUGUCGUUGCGCAAAUCGUUGAUCUGUUAGCGUUGCUGCUUUCCCGUACCAGCGAGGAUAACGUCCCAGCAGAAUGCUUAGCACUGUGGCAGGAGCAACCGGUGAUCGACUUUAUUCUGGCGCUUCUAUUUAAACCACACCAUCAGCCUGGGAUCGAUCGCAAUGUUGAGGUGAUGCAGGACGGGCAGAAAAAUGAUCACCAGCGCACAGCUCAACUGGAUGCGUUGAUACUGCAGCUGAUGGAACGAUGCAACUCACGUGUCGGACAGCUUUUUGCGAGUGCGCUGUCCGAAAAGUUGGUAGCUGUGAUGGAAGAUUUGGGCGAUCGAAUGCAAACGCUUCUCACACGACGAACGAUCGACACAGCGUAUCAGAAAAGCGCAAAAGGCUUGCUAUUUAUUGCGAAACAUCAACGAAACAGAGGCACACACCUGAUGGAUGACGACAAGGAACGCGUUCAGCAAGCGGCCCGGCAGCUACUAACCAGCUGCUACGAAGCCAUCGGACAGGAGCGCGUGUGUUUAGUGCUGAGCCCAUCUGCCGCACGCUUUGGUACGAUUGUCCUGGAAGCUGUCUUUAGCUUGUCGGACGCUGAAGAUGGAUUGGUAGAUUCUAUAGUUGCUUACUGCUUGAGCAAGGACAUGCUACACCCGAACAUCCGUCACGGAGAGUACUUCCUCGUUUGCUUCGGAUCAGCCGUAUAUGAACUGUUCCUCACUAAACCGUCUCAGUGCUUGGACACGCUCCUACAAGCACUCUCCGCCGAUAGCUUUCCAUUCAUCGUUCGAAUUCUGUGCGAUCUGAUGGAGUAUAGCUACCGAAGGCAAGCUGCCGGUGACAAGGAGCGGUUGGAAAGUUUGUCAGAAGCCUUGCUUAACGGUUGGUCCCAACUGUUCACCAUCUCACGCCUGCAGCCGAACCAUUUCGGAGCGUGUGAUCUGCAGAUGAUUGAGCUGAUGACCAGCAUGAUGAUGAUCUGCCCGUUUCCUUUGCACAAAAUUUGUUCCAAAGUCGGGCCAAACUAUGGACGGUGGUUGACCGAGUUGAUAGGCAGCUCCCGAGCGGAAGUUACGAUUGAAUUGAAAACGAAAGCCAUCGUACUGUUGCCGACCGUGCUUGGACCGGGCGACACACCGGACACCACGGAAUCGCACUGGGAAAGCUUUGAGAGUGCUCUCGAAACGUUACAAACGUUACACUUUCCGCUGCGUUCGACUGAAUUUCUGCCCAACAGCCCAAAGCGUGUUGGAUUUCUGAACUGUCUGGAACGGUUGCUUGAUGCGAUGAUUGUCUCCCGGUCGCCACUUCUGCUGAAAGCGAUCAUACACAUGACGGCACCGGACGGGGAGGGACACAUUGCCGAAUCGAAGAUACGGAAUGCCAUCGAGCGCUUCUUCGACGACCAACCGUACGAGAUGCAGUGUGAUCGUCUGCAGGAGCUGUGGGAGCUGUUUUCAAACCAUGCGUACGCACCGACCGUUCGUGAAACGAUACUGAGACGCUAUCUGUGUACGGCACUGUGGCACUGCCAGUACGAUACGAUCGUGCAGUUUUACAAACGGAUUAUUCGCACCAUCUCCAGCUACACCACGGAGGACAUCAACGGACGGUCCGGGUGGGAUUUGGAGCAUGCGCUCGUUGAUCUAGCGGCUAGCUUCCGGCUGAUUGAACAUUACGCUGCACUGCUGCCGAAAAGUGUUCUGACAGGCGAGAGCUGUCCCGUGGCAAAGGAGCUUUAUGGUUCGCCGAAGGAUGAGGGCGCCCCCGUACGGGGCCAGCGUUUGGUUGGAGACUUCAGCAAGCGAGCUCACAGCGUCCGGCGCGUUGUGCUGCUUUCGAGCGAUCGUAGCGCGGUGGAACUGUUUCGCAAGUACCAGUGUGCCGCCUACCGUGCGUUAGUUGCACUGAUCUCGAACACGAACGAAGAUGCGCGCAUGUACUCGGUGCUGCUGUUCCGAGAGACUCGCGAAAAGGGAGAAUAUCUGUGGCGUCACUUGAUCGACUGCAGCAACGAUGAGCUGUAUCUGGAGGGCAGCCAAGAGCAGGAAGAAACGCCCCGUACUGUUGCAAAGCGUGUCGCUAUAAGGCAAGAAGGUGUGGGUCCACCCUUCCCCCGUUCGUUCUCCAAGGAUCCCGGGUUAUCGGUCGUGCGGGAGUCGUCACUCAGCCAGCAGGUGUUUCGGUUCGAUCUGAACCACUCCGUCGUGCUGUCGGCCCGGGAGGUGGCGGAAAAGGAUGCAGCCGAGCUGGCCAAACGGCAACGGGGAACGCUCUCGAGCGUGUCGCUCGAGCGAACGAAGCUCAACGAGCACGAGGCAAUGGCGACGGUUUGUGGAUGCAUUCGGCAUAUGGCGGCGAGCAAGGUGCCGCUGACUGCAGUCGUACAGUUCCUUGCAGGUUCGUUAACCGAUGCGGGACAGCCGAAAAAUGUUCGUCUAUUUUUGGCGAAGCUAAUCGACAACUGUCGCAAAGAGCUGCAACCCCAUGCAUCCCUUCUGCUGUGCCCACUGAUGCAGCUCAUUGUCGAUGGAAGUACCGUGCGCGGGCUGAAUCCACUCGUCACGGACCUGAUUGCGCUGGUGUUGGAGUGGAAUGGUUCCAGCGAAUCUAAACGGCAAGGUGCUGUCGAUGAAGCUGCCUCACUAGCGAGUGUACUGUUACGGUUCCUUGUUAACCACGCCUGUCAGCAGCAAGGUGCCCGAAGCACAACAGCAAAAGCGUUACGACUGAAUCUAGAGCUGAUCCAGGAGCUGGUAUCUCAGUGGCACGACGUUCUGAUCGUUCCGGCGGAGGUGCUCUACGAAAUGGUGUCGGGCAGUCGGCAACGCUUACAGUCGGAGGAACGAUCACAGCUUCAGCUCAUCGCGGGUCUCCAGUUGGGAACGAUCAUUCUCACCAAGGGCCGCGGCAAGCUUGUACCCUGGAUGGAGAGCACCAAGCAAGAGUAUCUACGUGCGGUACUACGCUGCCUGGAUCUGCCAGACAGCACAAGCUUCAAAUCUGCCGCCCUACUGUUGGGCCACAGUCUGGCGCACCUCUAUCCCGAGGGUCUGCCGCUGGACGAUGGGGACGAAAGUGUGGACGAACUGUUCCACAUCGAAUGUGUUGCCAAGCUGUCGGCCAUCCAGCGGGAAUAUGAUCGAAAGUUUGCGGAAAUUUUGUACGAAACCGCUAAAGGCUUCCCAUCGAUAGCCGAUCCGUUUCUGUCCGUCCUAAGCCAUCGCUUUCCGGCUUCCGCUGUGGCGGAAAAGCGCAUGUACCUAGAGCUGCUGCUCGGUGGGCGGCUGGAGACGUUUAAGGACGAUCUCUACCGAGAGCUGGCGUCGAUGGAGUUAGUGCUGCUGUUGCGCGACAACGAGUUACAGCUGCCUACCUUACAUUUGCUGAACCGAUCACUUCCACUGGUGCGUGAAACGCAACAUUUGCAGCAGCUUAUUGAACCGAUCGGCAGUGUGACGACCGAGCCAGCCACCCGUCCCGAGUGUCGAGCGGUGGCGUACGAAAUUUUGAUCUACAUGCAUGAGCAUCACUUCACGAAGCUUUCCGAGGAAUGCCAGCACUCUGUUUGGAGAUUGCUGAUUCGAGGGUUGUGUGGAGGUCAAGAGACCGAUGCUACGAACACCUCUACCAGGGCGAGAAUUCUCGAAUAUCUUACCGACAGUGGCAAGCUGCCAGGUGAUGUGAAGGAACGGUUCCUGUUUCUGCUAGCGGACCUGUACGAUCCCACCGUAGAGGCGCAGUUUCUUGGCAGUGCAGUGGCGCUGCUGCUCGAUCCAGCUAUCCGUUGCCGAGAGUCUAAGGAUCGGCUGUUUCUGCAUGAGUAUCUCGAUGCGGACGUGAAGUUUAACGAGUACACGAUCGAAACUGCUGCGCGACAGCGUCACACGAUGACGCUGCUUACGCCAAUGUUUGCGGACACGCCACAGCAACGUCAGCUGCAAUCGUUCAUCACGGGCCGAGGAUCGCAGAUGGAGCAGCUAAUCCGAGCUACCCAGUUUGCCGGCAUGGGUCGUACGACGCAGCAGGACGAAAAUGGUCAUUUCGAACCAACGCAAGACCCGACGCGAUUCACUAAAGGACAUGAAACAUUCGCAAUGCCCACACAGCAGACGCUUCUGUUUGAGCCUAGCUCGCUACAGCUGGAUCGUCGAUCACAGCGAACAACGGGAUCGAUGUCCGAGCCGACGCAACAGGAGCGCACCUUCGACCGUCUACGGAAGCGCAUUCUCCGGGACAGUGAAGCGAAUCGGCAAAAGCAAACAACGUGGGCCGUAAGACGCCAUUAUUCCAACCAGCGGCAACGUUCGGAGCAACGGCGCGACGCCGCAUCACAGGUGACACUGUACCGGCGCUACCGGCUUGCCGAUUAUCCUGAUCUGCAGAUCAACCUGCUAGCGUUUCUGCUACCCCUCCAGGCGCUCUGUCGACGAGAUACGGCGUGUGCUCGUCAAACGUUUGUGGCCAUCUUUAACGGUCUGGUGGAAUGUCUGGUGCUGGGAGAUGCUGCCGGUCGAACGGUGCGCAUGGUCGGUGACGAGUGGGAUCGUUUCGUGCGUCGGCUGGAUGCAUCCUUGCAACGCAUCCUGGAGACCACCAGCAAAGCAAGUGAUCCCAAUCUGUUCGGAGGUUUGAUUGAACUAACGCUCGGCAGGGCGUCGGGAAAGUUUACACUCGCACCGCGCACGAUUGCCUCCGUGGCUGGCGCGUCCAAUAUGCUGACGAUGGGCGCCCUCUAUCUGGAGGCGAAACUAACGGAUGCGGCUGACUUUGACGAGGAACCGGUGCGAACCGGCGGGCGCAUCACUUCCGAGGCGGAACACUGGCUCCAGCUGUCGAGCUUGUAUCAAGCGAUGCACGAGCACAGCGUUCUGGAGGGGAUAUUCGCCGAGAAGCUCGACAGCGAUCCUCAGCUCCGGGAAGCGAUCGAGCUGGAAGCACUGGGGCGAUACGAUCGAGCGCAUCGAGCGUACUGCGAGCUGGUAAUGCGCAUAAGCCAAGCACGUGUCGAGGAACGCAACUUUUGCUACAAAUCCGCGUUCAACUGCUUGCUCCAACUCGGACAGUGGGACGUGCUGUUGGACGAGAUCGGCAAUCAGGUGACGAGCCACGAGGAGCUGUGGAGCGACGACUGGAAUCUGGAAAACUUGCUGCCCAACUACGUGCACGGGAAUGUGCUGCUGGUUCUGGCCGGCAAUGAGGCUGGGCGUGAGUUUUACAAUAUGCUCCAGCAGUGGCUGCACAUCCCCGAUCGGGCGAAACACAUACGGCAGCAGUUUGGCGAGGCACUGACGGCGCUGUACAUUUCGGGCCAAGAGAUGGUCCGUGCGCGGAUGUUUGGCGAACAGACCGAGCGACAAUUUCUCGACGAGUGGCACUGUGCCGGCGUGCUGUCGGGGCUGGUGCGCACCGACUGUUUGCUCAGUGUGCGGAAGGUGAUUGAGCUGGUUGCGUACAGUGAGCUGCUGGAGGAGUGUACGACCGACCGGUUAGAGCAGGCCACCGCUGGUCUGAUUGCUUCGUGGCAAAAUGCACGACCGGCAUCGACGGAUUCACUCACCACUUGGGACACUCUCAUAGCUUACCGUAGAUUCCUGCUGGUAAAGCUCGAAUCUAAAUGCGGCCCACAGGGGUCGGACGGUGUAGGGGACACCCUGGGCAAUGUUUCCAAACUGUCCCGACUGUUGUACGAACUGGAGCUUCAGCUGCUGGACGUGGCGUUCGAGCAGAACAACAUCAAGUACGCGGGCAGGCUUAUUGCGAGCCUGCGGAAUUCUGAAUCAUGCGUAGGCCUACGAGAACCCUCAGUGGAGCACGUACUGCGAAGAAAAAUCGCACGCAUACGCUUCGAUCGUAUGCGGCACGUUGAGGGAUCGUCUAAUCAGAUUCAACCUUUACUGCGAGGAUUUAAACAGCUGGCGAAGAUUAACGAUCAGAUAGCGGUCGUUGAGAAUGAACCUGACAUGGCUCGCGUGAAGCGGACGGCAUGGACGGAAGUAUACCAACUCUCCGAAUCUGUUCGCACGAUCAUCAAGAGCACUGGGGAAGAUCUUGCGGAAGCGGAUUCCGCGCACAUACAACAAAUGAUUGGAGUUGUAAUGAAACUUCCGGAUGAAGGACGGGUCGUGGAGGGUAUAUCUUUAAGCGAAAGAUUAGGCCGGUUGUCAACGCAUUGCCUGCAGCGUAGUAUCGAUGUGUUGCGGCCUGACUCUUCUUCAGGUUCCAGUGCGCUAGUGGAGCUUGCUGAAGCUCACCUUCGACUGGCUCGAUACUGUUACGAGGAACUAAGCCCGGAACGAAGUGAAGAAGAGGAACUUCCAGUUGAGCGGACGCUAGUGAGCUCACUUUUGCCAGCGAUACAAUACGGUUCCCGUGAGGCUAGACACCUGUUUCCUGUGCUGUUACAGCUACGAAACCUUCAAAACAACACACUAAGAAGCGAAUUCCACGAACGCUCGAGUUUGGUACCGUCGUGGAAUUUUCUACCCUGGAUUCCUCAGUUAUUGUCGUACAUGAAGAUUGCCAAUGAUGCUGUCGGAUCGCACGAACAGUCGGAUGAGAGACACUUUCUGGAUGCGCUAUUGAUGCGACUCGUCAAGGAACACCCGAUGGCACUCUAUCACCCAGCGCGACUCAUGCUAGCCGGCAUUGAAGGCCGGCCCGUUCGUCCGAUUGUGUUGCAGUUCCGGGCCGCCCUAAACUUCCCCGUGCUCGAUCGUUUCGUAGACGAGCUCUGUCGUGUGGUGAUGCCAGAAACGCGUCUGCAGCACAUGUUGACGGAGCUGAAAAGCCAGCUCAAUAGCUUCACCGACCCUGUCGCCUUCCAUACGUUCAUCGAUCGCACAGUACCGGAUGUAUUCCCCACGGACUCCAACGAUUUAUGGCGCUUCGGACAGGCGUAUCGAGCUGCCUUACCGCUCGUCGAUAGUUUUCGUACACUGAUGCUGCUCCAUCCAGUGGACGAUCGUAGCGUGAUCUUGCGCAAGCUGCAGGAACUGGACGAUGCGCUCCAAUCGAUGCGACCCCGCACCAAAACCAAACACAUGCAGCUGGAAGACCUUUCGCCCUGGCUAGCGGAUUUCCACUGCAGCAGUAUGCGAUUCGCCCGGCGGGGCGAAUCUUCCGUCGAGAUCCCGGGACAGUACGGAGUUGAUCGUGACACUCCUAACCCCGCGCAGCACGCCACGAUCGUAAAAGUCCUUCCGGAUGUGCAGGUGUUUGUGACGCUUCGGCAACCGAUACAAAUAACGUUCCGCGGUAGCGACGGAAGGCAGUAUCGCUUCCUGGCCAAGUUUGGUGAAGAUCUCCGGCAGGAUCAACGCAUCCAGCAGCUGCAGCGUGAGAUAACGCACCGACUGCGGUGGGAUCGGCACUGCCGCGAGCAUCAACUAGCGCUACGCACGUACGAAGUGGUCCCGAUACGGCCCAAUUUCGGUCUGUUCGGUUGGCUCGAGGGGACGAUUGCACUGAGCGACAUCGCAAAGCAGGCUGCACCACGCUACAACCCUGGCGACCGGGGACAGGCCCACGUGCUCGAAGAGUAUGGACGCUUUCUGCUAAGCGUUUCGCGCCAGGACACUGCGGCGAGAAACGAAUCGUGCCACACUGGCUCGUACAACUCGCCGGCCCUGUACGGAAUGGCGGCGGCGUUCGGUAUGCCCGACCAGCUACGAUCGAAGUACGUCGAGCUGUCGCAAACGUUACGCGCCUGCACAUUGAAACGCGCGCUGUACGAUAUGGCUGCCUCGCCCGAAUCGUUCUACCGGUUGCGCAUGAACUUUGCCAAGAGUUUGGCCACCAUGAACAUGACCUGCUGGGCGCUCGGAAUAGGCGAUCGGCACCUGAGCAACGUUGUGCUGGAACGUGCGACCGGCAUGCUGGUGGGUGUGGAUUUCGGCAUAGCGUUCAGUGCCGGGACGCGGGACCUGCCCAUACCGGAGCUGGUACCGUUCCGGCUAACGCCGCAGUUCGUGGGCGUGAUGGAACCGAUGCGGUUGGCGGGUCUGCUGCAAAAGUGUCACCUUCACACGCUACAGUGUUUGCGCGAUUCGCGCCUGCUGCUGCGGGCCUGUCUGGAGGUGUUUGUCCGCGAACCGACCGUCGACUGGUUGAGGGCUGCGCGGUUACGAGCGGCCGACAAUGCCGACAGCCCACGUGCGUCCCACGGUGCUAGGGCAUGGAAUCCUCAGGUGCGUGUCAAUACGGUCCUGCGGAAGCUUGGCGGUGCCAAUCCGAAGCAACUGUUGGCGGAAGAGCUACGGUUCGGUUUAAUCGCACAGCAGCGCGAGUUUUUGGUCGGGUAUCUGGCGCUGGUCGAUGCAUCGGCUGCAGUGAGCACGGAGAAGGUUGGCCGUGAGGCCGUCCUUUCGACGGCGCAACAAACCGAGAUGCUGCUAGAAAUGGCCGUCGAUGGUAAGCUGCUGGGUAUUACGUACGGGGGAUGGUAUCCUUGGUUCUAGACGAACGAGCACGAGGACAUGCGGGGAAUAGUUGCUAACCAAUAAAUUCCAUUUUGGAUUCAGUAUUCGAUCAACACAGGUCUUAAUUAACACUUGGAUAUGUGAAAAUGUAUUGUAGAUUAUAAUUGUUUUUCGAAAUAAAGCCAAAUUUAUUGUAGAAAUACACGCAAAACAUAAAAAGGCUGAAGUCUCAUCAGAUUUAUAAUAA